AACCAUUUAGGAUAAUAAAGAAAUAUAGGUUCCCUUUUAAGCUCGGCGGCUGGGAGGUGGGGCCCACGCGGAGUCAACAUGAGGAUCGAGAAGUGUUAUUUCUGUUCCGGGCUGAUCUACCCUGGCCACGGCAUGAUGUUCGUCCGCAACGACUGCAAGGUGGUGUUCCGAUUUUGCAAAUCCAAGUGUCAUAGGAACUUCAAGAAGAAGCGGAAUCCACGUAAGGUCAGGUGGACUAAAGCCUUCCGGAAGGCAGCUGGCAAGGAGCUCACGGUGGACAACUCAUUUGAAUUUGAAAAGCGUAGAAAUGAACCCGUGAAAUACCAGCGAGAGCUAUGGAAUAAAACUAUUGAUGCAAUGAAGAGGGUUGAAGAGAUCAAACAGAAACGGCAGGCCAAGUUUAUAAUGAACAGGUUGAAGAAAAACAAAGAGCUCCAGAAGGUUCAGGAUAUCAAAGAAGUCAAACAGAAUAUCCAUCUUAUCCGGGCUCCUCUUGCAGGCAAAGGAAAGCAGCUGGAAGAAAAAAUGGUACAGCAGUUACAGGAGGAUGUGGACAUGGAGGGUGCUUCCUAAUGGUGCCGCCUGCAGCCAGCCCUGCGCACACUGGAAACCAGUGGAGACUGUCGGUCCCUAAGUUAUUGAUUGGUUACAUAAUGUCCCCCAGGCAAAGGUGACUCAUGUGCUUCUCUCUACAGUGCAGCCUGUAAAAGCAUCCAUUGCGGGUGAUAGGUCUCAACUCAAUGUGCUGCUUCACUGUGUUAUGCUCACAGAAACACGAAAGUUUGUGUGUAGAUGAAGGUGUGAACCGUGGGCAUCAUAUGGUUGAGUCGUUGCUUAAUGGCACCAGGCAACAUUUCUGCACUGACUAUCAUGCUAGUGUGAAAUUCGUAAUAAAGUAAUAUUUUCCUUGCA